AGCUUUACUCUGUAUUAAAUUGUUUUUGUUAAAUAUGGGCCACCAUGUCUUUGUAUUUGCACUCAGAGGAGGUGGCGGGGGGGCAUGGAGAUAGGCCAUCCACAUCAGCUCAAGUCCUAUUGAUAGGAGUUCACAGCAGGGCAUUUAUGAAUUAGUUUUAUCUCAUAACAUUAUAGGAGAAAUAUUCACAUGUUUGAUGAUUCAUUGCAUUUUUUUUCCUAGAAUUCUGGGAAGUUGAUGACCAGAUGGAUAACCACAAGGAAAGCCAAGGCAAACCUCUGUGGAAAACUGCAUUCAUAGACAAGGAAGCACUAAAGGAUGAAAGUGGCCAAGAAUUCAGAACAUGCAGAAAAAUCAUUUAUCUGAGCCCAGACUUUGUUUCUACAAGACAAAGACUCCCUAGAUAUUAUUCAUGUGGAAGGUAUUCAAAGCAUAAUUUAAACUUUCUUAGUCAAAAUAGAAGCUAUGUAAGAAAGAAAGAUGAUGAAUGUAAGGCAUAUUGGAAAUUAUGCUUCCAUUCCAAUCUUGAUAAAGCUCAACCUGGAGAGAAAUUCUUUGAGCCUAGUCAACGUGGAAAAGCCCUCCAUCAUAAGCAAGACCUUAAUAAAAGGGAGAGACUUCUAAUUGGGGAGAAACUCUAUGAAUGUUCUGAAUGUGGAAAAGUGUUUAUCCAGAAAGCAAACCUUGUUGUACAUCAGAGAAUUCACACAGGAGAGAAACCUUAUGAAUGCUGUGAAUGUGCAAAAGCCUUCAGCCAGAAAUCAACCCUCACUGCACACCAGAGAACUCAUACAGGGGAGAAACCCUAUGAAUGCAAUGAAUGUGGGAAAACCUUUAUUCAGAAGUCAGCUCUGAUUAAACAUCAGCGAACUCAUACAGGAGAGAAACCAUUUGUAUGUGGUGAAUGUGCAAAAGCCUUUAAGAGUUCAUAUCACCUUAUUAGACAUGAAAAAACACACAUCAGACAGGCAUUUUAUGAAGAUAUCAAAUGUGGUAAGUCCAGCCUUAUGCAUCAAAGGACUCAUACAGGUGAGAAACCUGAAUGCAGUAAACAUGGGAAAGCCUUUGAUGAGAAGACCACUGCCAUUAAGCAGCAGAGAACUCAUACAAAAGAGAAACCUUAUGAGUGCAGUAAAUGUGGCAAAAGCUUCAGGGGAAAGUCACACCUCUCUGUUCAUCAGAGAAUUCAUACAGGAGAGAAACCCUAUGAGUGCAGCAUAUGUGGGAAGACUUUCAGUGGAAAAUCACACCUCUCUGUCCAUCAUAGAACUCAUACAGGAGAGAAGCCUUAUGAAUGCAGGAGAUGUGGGAAAGCCUUUGGUGAGAAGUCAACCCUUAUUGUACAUCAGAGAACUCAUACAGGAGAGAAACCCUAUAAAUGCAAUGAAUGCGGGAAAGCCUUCAGUGAGAAGUCACCACUGAUUAAACAUCAGAGAAUUCAUACAGGAGAGAGACCCUAUGAAUGUGGUGACUGCAGGAAAGCCUUCAGUAGGAAGUCAACUCUCAUUAAACAUCAGAGAAUUCAUACAGGAGAAAAACCAUACGAAUGUAGUGAAUGUGGGAAAGCCUUCAGUGUGAAAUCAACUCUCAUUGUACAUCACAGAACUCAUACAGGAGAAAAACCUUAUGAAUGCAGGGAUUGUGGGAAGGCCUUCAGUGGGAAGUCAACACUCAUUAAACAUCAGAGAAGUCAUACAGAAAAUAAAACCUAUUAAUAUACUUGAGAGUGGGAUAAUUUCACUACUAGUUAUACCUCAUUAUACUAUAUAUCAGUUCAUCCUGGGGUUCACCUUA